AUGCACGUCCAGAUCUCCCGAUUUCAGGAACAUGAUGACGCACAAGACAUCGCGCCGAUCGUGAACCUUUCUCCAGCCGGAUCAUUUCAGAUUCGGUCUUUCGACUGGAAACACCCCAGCUUUCGUCACCUUAUGCUCGCCUGUCGCGUCUUGCUCCCCAGCAACGCGCUUCCACCUCUAACUCAUUCUUAUACUCGUGUUGCGAUUGCUACUACUGCCAUUUCUCCCUUUGCCUCGCGCUUCAACUCGACUUCCGCCUUGAGCUUUUCUCAACUCUGCAACUCCCGCCUCCUCUGCAGUACUCGACAACCGAGCUCGAUCAAUCUCACAGCAGCGAAUCCUCGCUCUCAUCCUCGCUACUUCACCACGAUGCCGCCCAAGCAGAAGCGCAAGGCGGCGCCGGCGGCGGAGUCCAGCGACUCUGGGAGAAAGAGAACCAAGACGGAGCAGAAUGGCGGAGAUCCCCUGCGCAAGCCGCACCCGUUCCACGAAGACGCUGAGAAGCAUGGAAUCGUCCUCCGGAAGUUCUAUCCACACGAGAUGAGCAACGACCGAGCACGCGCCUACAACGAGAACGAACUUCCCAGACCAAUCGAGGAGCUCACCUCCGCUCUGGAGCAGACUUCCAAAACGAGAAAGGCAGUCAAGACAAAGAACGCCGUCGUCCAUUGGUUCAAGAUGGAUCUCCGGACAACAGACAACAGAUCGCUGUCCCUAGCGAGCGCUAAGGCCAAGGAAGCGGGCGUUCCACUGAUCGCCAUGUUCAUUGUCAGCCCCCAGGACUAUGAAGCGCAUCUAACGGCCCCCAUCCGCAUCGAUUUUAUGCUCAGGACCCUGCAUGUUCUGAGGGAGGACCUCGCCAAACUUGACAUCCCGCUUUAUGUCGAGACCGUUGAAAAACGCAAAAAGAUUCCCGAACGGAUCGCUGAGCUCAUGGAUCAAUGGGAGGCCAGCCACUUGUUUGCCAAUAUGGAGUACGAGGUGGACGAGCUCCGCCGAGAGGGGAAGAUGGUCCGCAUGUUUGCCGACAAGGGCCUCUCGUACGAGGUCCUGCACGAUACGUGCGUCGUCCCUCCCGGACUUUUGACCAGCGGGGCAGGCAAACAGUACGCCGUUUAUUCACCCUGGUUCCGGGCCUGGGUCCGGCACGUCCACGAGAACUUGGACCUUCUCGAGCUAUACGAUCCGCCCGCGAAGAACCCAUCCAGCGCAAGGGAGAAGUACGGCAAGCUGUUUGAAACGGAAAUUCCGGAGGAGAUUGUAGACCGGAAGCUCGACGACGACCAGAAAAAGCGCUACCGUGCCUUCUUCCCGGCUGGCGAACAUGAGGCACGAAGCCGUCUGGAGAAGUUCUGCGAGGAAAAGGUCGGCCAGUAUCACAACAAACGCAACAUCCCUCACGACGCCGGGACCUCCACCUUGUCAGUGCACCUUGCCAGUGGGACCAUCAGUUCGAGGACAUGCGUGCGGUACGCUCGGGACCGCAACAAGACCAAGAAGCUGGAUGCGGGCAACGAGGGGAUACGGGUAUGGAUCAGCGAGGUGGCAUGGCGAGACUUCUACAAGCACGUCUUGGUAAAUUGGCCAUAUGUCUGCAUGAACAAGCCUUUCAAGCCCGAGUACGCAAACAUCGAAUGGUCCUACGAUAUGGACGACUUCAAAGCCUGGAAAGAGGGCAGGACCGGAUUCCCCAUUGUCGACGCGGCGAUGCGCCAGAUGGUCCACAUGGGCUGGAUGCAUAACCGAUGUCGCAUGAUCGUCGCCUGCUUCCUCGCAAAGGAUCUCCUUAUUGACUGGCGCAUGGGAGAACGAGUGUUUAUGGAAACCCUUAUUGAUGGCGAUUUCGCCUCAAACAAUGGCGGCUGGGGUUUCUCUGCCAGUGUCGGCGUAGAUCCCCAGCCCUACUUUCGCAUUUUCAAUCCACUCCUCCAGAGCGAGAAGUUUGAUGCUGACGGAGACUAUAUCCGCAAGUGGGUGCCUGAGUUGAAGGGCAUCAAGGGCAAGGCGAUCCACGCUCCGUACGACCGCGGUGCGGGCGCCCAGGCGAAGAAAGCAGGCUAUCCCGAGCCCAUGGUUGAACACAAGGGAUGUCGUGAACGAGCCCUAUCGGCGUACAAGGCUGGAUUGGGCAGAACCGACUUGUGA